AUGGGUGCUCGUCGGCAGCCAUCAGGAGGCGGCGGCGGCGGCGGCGCUGGGCGCGGUGGUGCCGAGGUAGCGGCCCUGGCAGUCGGCGGCAGCGGGAAGGCGCGGUGGUGCCGAGAGGGAGCGGCCCUGGCGGCCGGCGACCACGGGAACGCGAUGCGGGAGAGCGCGGUGAAAGAGAACAGAACCAUACUAGGUUUCCCUGUCCCCCGCGCCGCGGGCAUACUCGUCGAGGCCGUGGUCCAGUGCCUCCUCUUCCUCCUUGCCGCGGGCAUGCUCGUCGCGCUCCACUCCCUCCCCUGCCGCGCCGCCCUCCGUCUGUGCCGCUCCGGCGGCGGUGGCGGCUCCUCUGCGGCCCAGUCACGCCGGCACUUCGCGCAGGGUGCGCAGCUCCUCGCCCGCGCGUGUGCCGCGGCCCUGAAGCCCCCCGGCUCGCUCGCCCGUGCGGUGGUCGCCAAGGCCGACCUCGCCAUCGCCCUCGACCCCCGCGACGCCGCGCCACUCAUCCUCAAGGCCCUCGCCCUCGACCUCCAGGGGCACCGCCUCCCCACGCUGCGCGCCCUCGACGCCGCCCUCGCCCCGCCGCUCGCAUGCUCGCUCGAGCCGCGCGAGCGAGGGGACACGCUCGCCAGGCACGCCGAGAUCGUGCUCGCACUGCACCGCCGCCGGCGGCUCGACCAGGCCGCCGCGGAUCUCGCUGAGGCCGUCCGCCUCAGUCCUGAGAACGCCCGCGCCCACGCGAUGCUCGGCGAGUGCUACGAGAGGAAGGGCCUGACCGCCCAGGCCCGGGACGCCUUCAAGACCGCCGCAUCUAUCGACCCAAAGCUCGCCGCUGCUCUCGACGGUCUCCGUCGGAUAGACGGAGGCGACGAAGGCAAUGAAAGGGGCGCUGCGCCCAUGGGGGGCAUGCCCGUCGGCGCGUGUUUGCGGCGGAAGGGAAUGGCCGCUCCACAAGACGGCGGCCAAGAAAAGCCGGCCAGGAAGGCAGGGGUGGCGCAGGAAGCCGGCGCAGCUUCGGCGCUCUGCCGCUUCCUGGCGUCGGCCCGCCACCGGCGCGCUGCCGCGUUCCUAUCCUGGUGGCCGUCGUCACCAGAGCUCAAGAAACUUGCUCUUGCAAAGGGGCUUUGUCAAAACAUCACCCAACUGCUCAUCAGUUCUAAUGAAGCUCACCUCAAUCUGCCCAUUGUGUGCAUAUUCCCGGAUCAGGUGAAAUCUUGUAUCGAUGUGUUUGCUCUGGUCAUGAUGCACAGGAUUCUUGACGAGAGAAAUUGUGGACUUGUUGUCCACCCUGAGCACCGGCUUGAUCACCACUGA